GUUUCUUCUCACAAGUCUCUAUAUGGAUGAAGGUGAAUGGGAGCUGGAGGAGAGCGUUCUGCAUAUUUAUUUAUUUCGCCAGGAUUUAUGUUCAUCUAUGCAGCAAUUUAUAGAACAUGCGAAUGACAUUUAAAGCAGCCCAUGAACUGGAUUACGAUGAGCUCAGUAUAUCCUAAUAUGAUUUAAUUUUGUGUUUCACAGACCAGUGUUAUAUUAUUAGGGUAGUAAUCUAAGACUAGGACGUUAUUUACAUCAAGUCCCCUCACAGAAUAAACAUGGAUGAAGAUAACCGAGUGCCUGAAGAUCUCUCACUGGAAGAGAGAGAUGAACUGUCCAACAUUAGACGGAGGAAAAAAGAGCUGCUAGAUGACAUUGAGAGGUUAAAGUUUGAGAUCUCAGAAGUCAUGACAGAGAUUGAACACUUAACGUGUGUCAGAGAGACCAAAAGCACUCAGAGGAACAAGCAGAUUGCUGUUGGAAGAAAGAAAUUCAAUAUGGAUCCUAAAAAGGGAAUCCUAUUUCUUUUGGAGAAUGAUCUUCUGCAGCACACACCUGAGGACAUCGCACAGUUCCUCUAUAAAGGAGAAGGCUUAAACAAAACUGUUAUAGGAGAUUAUUUAGGGGAACGAGAUGACUUCAACAUUAAGGUUUUGCAGGCAUUUGUGGAGCUUCAUGAGUUUGCUGAUCUCAACCUGGUGCAAGCAUUGAGGCAGUUUUUGUGGAGUUUCAGACUUCCUGGUGAAGCACAGAAAAUUGAUCGAAUGAUGGAGACCUUUGCUGCUCGAUAUUGCCAGUGUAACCCAGGUGUCUUUCAGUCCACAGACACAUGCUAUGUUCUUUCGUUCUCUGUCAUCAUGCUCAACACCAGCCUGCACAACCCUAAUGUCAGAGACAAGCCCUCGGUGGAAAGGUUCAUAUCCAUGAAUCGGGGCAUCAACGAGGGAGGAGAUCUGCCUGAGGAGCUGCUCAGAAAUCUAUAUGAAAGCAUUAAGAAUGAGCCUUUCAAAAUUCCUGAAGACGAUGGGAACGAUCUAACUCACACAUUCUUUAAUCCAGACAGAGAGGGAUGGCUGCUAAAACUAGGGGGAAGAGUGAAGACCUGGAAGAGGAGGUGGUUCAUUUUGACAGAUAACUGUCUGUAUUACUUUGAAUAUACAACAGACAAAGAGCCUCGGGGGAUCAUUCCACUAGAGAAUCUUAGUAUAAGAGAGGUGGAAGAACCAAGAAAACCAAAUUGCUUUGAGCUCUACAACCCCAGUCAUAAGGGGCAGGUAAUUAAGGCAUGCAAGACAGAGGCUGACGGGAAGGUGGUGGAGGGGAAUCACGUGGUGUACAGAAUAUCUGCACCCACGCCGGAGGAGAAAGAAGAGUGGAUCAAAUCCAUCAAGGCAAGCAUUAGCAGGGAUCCUUUCUAUGACAUGCUGGCUACUAGGAAACGGCGAGUGGCCACUAAAAAGUGAGCCAUAGACCUUCAGUUUGGGUUUAAUAAUCACUCUUUAAGUGGAAACCUUCACAUGGGAUUGUGCAUGUUGCAGGAGGUGACAGACAGACAGAGACACAAGCUCUCUGAACAUAAAGAAGGACACGAUUUUAAAAAUGAUGGUGUCUGUAUAGGUCCUGAGGUGAUUGAAGGGAUAAUGUGCUAAAUAUUUCUCUGAAUGGAUUGUAAGUGGAAGACAGUGAUGGUGAUGAUGUAAUUAUAUGCUGAAUGUUUGUCAAAACGAACUUUGCUUAAAGAGUGAUGACUGAUUCAACUUUGCUACGAUAUUUGCCUAAUUUCAUGUGAGGGUGUAAUAAUGAGUAAGUAGCGCCCCCUGCUGCCUACAACAUGAUGGAGAUGUUCACAAUCUCGAUUUAAGCUCUGGUAAUGAUUAGAUGUUGAUUAAAUGUAUGUAAAGUAUACCAAACUACUGUUAAUGUCAAUUCCACCCAGUUUUUCAGAAAUUUCAGAUGUAGUCUGUGAAUACAGAACAUAGAUCCAUAUGGCAGGGAAUCGUGUUGAGUGUAAUUUUAAGUGCUAUUGUAUAAUUUCAAAUAUUAUUCAUUGUGCAUCGGUAGUUUUAAAUGAUUUUAUUUUUAUUUGUGUUAUAUCAUAGCCAUCCAAAUCAGCAGGACUGGUUGCAUUACUUGGAAGAGAAAAUAACCAGAAAGCUUUUUCGUAUGAUAUUUAUUAUGUUUUUAAGGUCCUUAAUAGUAUUAUAAAAUACUGUAAAAAUCGAUUUCUGAAGUUCUCUUACUAUGAUUAUAUUAUUUUAUGCUUUUUUAAGAAUAAUGCAAACUCUACACCCAUUUGAUUCACCUUUUGAUUUAAAUCGUUACUAAUAUAAGUUAAUGUAUUUUAUUUUAUGUAAUAAUGCCAAUGUUAUGUGAACUUAUGUUUUGUUUUUUACUAUGUUUGUAAAUAACAUAUAUACUGUACACACAAAUAUCAUGACAAAAGCCAUUAUUUUUAUUAUUUGUACCUUUUUUGGAAACUCGUAAACUCUGUAAACAUGAAACAUGAAACUACUCAUAAGUAUUUCCCUGUAAGGAAAUACUCAUAGAUACACUGCUAAAAGAUUAAUUAAUCUAUAUGAUUUAAAUUAAAUUCAUCACUGUCCAGAGAAUAUGAUUUAUGACACAUUCUACAAACAAUGAGGCCCCUUUUCUAAGUUUACCUUUUAAAACAGAUGAAAUCAUAGUGAUAUGCAGCCAAAAUCCAUCUGAAAUUUAAGCCUUAAAAUUGAAUACCUGUAUAAUUUUGUAUGUUUUUUUUUUUAAAUAAUAUGACUGGUUUAAUAACAGUUGAUAUAAGUAAAAUAUUGUCACAUGUAUUCUGCUUAACAUUUCUACGGCAAAUAUGCAGCAUGCUCUUAAGACUGUAUUUCAGAACUCUGUUAUGUGUCAAUAAACAGGAAUUCAGAUAUCUCAGAUGAAACAUAAACAGGUUUGUCAGUCCUAUCAAUCAAGCCGCUGGCCCUGAACUCAUGACUUCAGCAACUGACCUAAUAAAACUUUUAUUUCGAGA